CGUUGACAGCUCCUUUCAGCCUUUUCGCUUCAUCCAGCGCAUGCAACUCCUCUCGCGAUCUACUUCCACUACUGUAAGUAGAACAUGGCUAAGCGACUCGCCCAAUCACUUCGUGUCUGGUCAGCGUUGGGGCGCAAGUCCCGCACUUCGUUCCAUGGCACCGGCCUGGAGCUUCCUCCCGAACCCAAGAUCGAAGAGGAGAAGGUCCCAGGCUUCAAACCCAGUGCCUAUUUCCCCGUUAAACCGGGACACAUUUUCAAUGAUCGCUAUGAGGCCUUGACCAAGCUUGGCUGGGGAGUGAGCUCCACCGUCUGGCUUGUUCGCGAUCUCCAACAAUGGAAAUGGCUCCCGGAACGCUACCUGACAUUGAAAAUCGGCACUUGCGACUACGCGGAAGGCCAUGAAAGUCAUGAACUCAAUAUGGAACAAUGCAUCCGUGACUCCAACCCCAAACAUCCAGGCCACCCUCUUUUGAGAACAUUUGUCGACUCCUUCGAAGAGAAGAGCCCGAACGGGACACACAUCUGUCUGGCCUACGAGCCCUUGCGAGAGCCCUUGACACUUCUACAAGGGCGUUUCCAAAACGAUAGAUUUCCUCUUGACAUCCUCAAGGGAUACAUCAAGUGUCUCCUGAUGGGACUCGAUUACUUGCACUCCGAAUGCAAGAUCAUCCAUACCGAUAUAAAAGCGGCCAACAUCCUCGUAUCUAUCGAAGACUCUUCAGUCCUACACAGCUUUGCCCAAUCCCAACCAUCAAAACCCAUGUCCCAGAAGACAGUUGGCGACCAUACCAUUUACCUCUCCCACAACAACUUCGGCCGCCCCAAAUCCCUUAACUUUCUUCCAGUUCUUUCUGACUUUGGAUCCGCUCAAUUCCAACUCGACGGCGUCACAAAUACCUGGCCAAUUCAACCGGAUUGUUACCGCGCACCCGAGGUACUUCUCGGCGCGGGCUGGUCAUACAGCGCUGACAUAUGGAACCUAGGAGCAAUGAUAUGGGAAAUGCUCGAAGACAAGAUCCUCUUCUCUAACGCCCGCGACUCAAACCUGAAAGGCACCCCAGCCGCUCAUCUCGCGCAGAUGAUAGCCUUUCUCGGCCCGCCACCUCAGGAACUCAUAGCCCGGGAGAAAGAAGGACUCAACCGAACAUUCGGUAUAAAGCUACGGAGUCCCAAUGGAAAGCUUUGCAACUCACCUGUAGAGUGGUUCGGUGGGCCGUUUUUUGAUGAGAACGGGGAAUUUCUACACAAGCAUCUCAUCCCAGAAAACCAGACUCUCGAAGACACAGUGACCUACCUUAAGGAUACAGAGAAAGACGGCUUCCUGGCUUUCGCUAGGAACAUCUUGCAAUGGCUGCCUGAGAACCGGAAGACGGCCAAAGAGCUGGCUGAUGAUCCAUGGUUGAGUGAAAUCGUGGUUUCAGUCAAAGAGUAGUCGUGAAGGUAUAGGCUGUUUUUGUACGAUACGUAGUAGAUGAUACCCCUCUCCACUCUGCUUGUUUUAUGUGUAAAUCUAAGUGUAUAUAGAAUAGAAAUCUCAGCUCCGUUGUCCAUAGUAUACUCGAGAUUCAGACUACACUUACGAAAUUGGAAAGGACACGCAGGAUACAAAACUGGCAAUUGAUGGUCUUAUCCUUCUUAAGUAGUAUUAUCAUAGUGGACACAGAAUUUGAAGGGAGAAAGGCUGUCUCUAUAUUGUUUACAAAAGUACUAACACUCAAGAUAAACACCAAACAACUAUAUAGUGCCGGACACCUCGUGUAUGUAUACUAGAUAGAAGUGCC